GUUCAUAAACUAUUGAACCAUCUUUAUUGAAGUUUUUUGAUAUUUCAAGAAUGAAAAGAUACGGUUUAGAAACGAUAUUUUGACUACAUGUGAAAAUCCGUUAAGUUUGUCGCCACAGGUAGCCCAUCUCCCGUAACUCCUCAGAGACUGGUAAGCCUGUGCUGAUUCUUUGCACGAAUGCUCUUGUCGAUCAAGAUUUAUCCAAACUAUUGUAAUUUUGGCGUGGAUUUGUAGUGGAAUUUAACUGUAACUCAGGAAAAUGCCCCAAAUCAUGGACAGCCUGGAUGACUGGCUAGAAUAUCGAUGUAAAGCAGGACAAAUCCUCUUCUAUUUUAAUAAAUUCACAGCAGAGCAUAGAUUUCCAGAGUGGAAUCCUACAUUAAAGAAAUGGGGCCUAGGACAAGCCGUUGAAUGUGACAUUGUCAACAACAGGAAGAACAUAAUGACACAGACUGAUGACACUGGCUGCACCUAUGGAUGUACCUCUAURUAUGUGGAUAAACCUUUUCUAUGUCAUCAAGAAUCAGUGGAAGACAUUGAGGCCCACAAUAACAUUCUUACACAGACUGAAAGUGAACAUGUUAUCAAAGACACCAACAAUACAACAACAACACUACAACUGUGUCAAGAUGGAACAAGUAUUGUAGAAAAAUCCAAACUUGCAGCUGUAGUUUCUGAAAGKGAUAUUAUUGAUAAAGACAGUUUUUAUUCUUAUAAUGGUGGUUCAAAUGUUGAAAUCUCAGUGGUACUAGAUGAAAGUGAAGAAUUACAACUAACAAAGAUAUCUCGUUCAACCACAGAAAAUACGAACAAGGCCAAGMCRCCCYURAAGUAUCAUUUUAGGUCUCAAGGUAGAGUUAUCAGUCAUAAUCUGACAUUACCAAAUACUAGAAGUACAGACRRUGAAGGUGAAGWAAGGAAGACGGACAAGAUUGAUGAAUAUGAUCAAGUGUUGACGCACUCAGGGGAAAAGCCGUUCAAGUGUAAGCAUUGUAGCAAGACAUUUACACAAAAGAGUGAUUGCAGAGAACACGAGAAGGCACACUGGGGAGAGAAGACAUUCAAGUGCACGCACUGUAACAAGGCAUUUACACAUAACUAUCAACGCACGAGACAUGAGAGAAUACACUCAGGAGAAAAGCCUUUCAAGUGUAAACAUUGUAGCAAGGCUUUUACACAAAGAGGUCAUUGCACAAGACAUGAGAGGAAGAAACACUUGGCAGAAAAUCCAUUCAGCAUUGUAGAAAGACAUUUGGUACCUGCAGAAGGUAUAAUAGGAUCAUACACUCAUGAGAAAAGCCAUUCAAGUGCAAGCACUAGCAAGACAUUUACACAAAACAGUAGCUGCAGAACACAUGAGAGGAUACACUCAGGAGAAAAGCCAUUCAAGUGUAAACAUUGUAGCAAGGCAUUUACACACCUUGGUAGCUGCAGAAUGCAUGAAAGGAUACACUUGAGAGAAAAGCCAUUCAGAGUUAUUGCAGCAAGACAUUUGGUAACUACAGAAGGCAUGGAAGGAUCAUACACUCAGGAUAAAAGCCAUUCAAGUGCAAGCACUAGCAAGACAUUUACACAAAACAGUAGCUGCAGAACACAUGAUAAGAUAGACUCAGGAGAAAAGCCAUUCAAGUGCAAGCACUGUAGCAAGACAUUUAAACAAAAAAGUUGCUGCAGAAUACACGAGAGGAUCAUACACUCAGGCGAAAAGCAAUAGCCGACUUGAGAAUUUUGCCUCAGUAGUCACACACAAAGGAAUCAAGGCGUGCAUAAAGCUCAGUCAUUCGUGAAAAGACAAUUUACUGAGCUUUACGCACUACUGAGGCGAAAUUCGCAAAUCGGGUAUUCAAAUGUAGGCAAGAUUUCUUAAGCUCCGCCCCUCAGAUUGUAAGAAAGAACAAAAUGCAAACAAACUUCAAAACAAAGAGGUCGCGAUGCAACGAUUUCCGCUGUAAUUGCUAGAGAAGGGUUUGUCGUACGACUUCCAUAUAUGAUCCUGGCACUUUUCGUUGCUCACGUAAGCGCUGUAACACUUGCCUGUAAAUUGUCUCGCACACUUCCAUUGUUGGGUCUGUUGGUCCUAACUCGUCAUUCAACAUCACUGAUCACUUUGAUUGUACCACCUCUAAUGUUGUCUAUUGCAUUAAAUGUUCGCUUUGUAAUUUGUUGUA